UUCCAAAAAACGGAGGGGAGCCUUGUUUGAAUAAUUCCUGUUGUCUGAUAUCCUGUCAGGAUUCCCUGGAAGAAUUUGGCUGAGUAAAAAAGGACCUCCGUGCAGCUGCAGCUAUCGCACUGUUAAGGCUGAUUGAUCUUGCUGGAAUCUAUUGGAAGGAAUCAUUGUGCCAAUGAAGCAGAGUGACCGCUGACCACGUUCUCCUUCUCAGCCUUCUGGGAAGUACCACUAGGAUUGGAGCCUGGGGAUGGGCCUUAGGGACGAAGACUCCCUUGGUUGUCCUGACGUUGGAAUCUGUCCAUGGUCAAUCAACUGAGGCACCAACCACACUCAUCCUUAAGCUUUUCAUUAGCUGAAAAUAUUACGUGUUGCCUUUCACUUCAUCUCCCUUUGUCUCCCUGGCUGUGGAAGACAGAGCCCUGCUGAUGUUGAUAUAAACAAUGUCAAGGCCAAUGGGACUCCUAUGGCUGCCUUUGAUCUUCACCCCAGUCUGUGUCAUGUUGAAUUCUAACUUCCUUUUGUGGAUAACUGCACUAGCUAUAAGAUUUACCCUCAUUGAUGGCCAAGCACAAUACCCUGUUGUUACCACGAAUUAUGGCAAAAUACGUGGCCUAAGAACACCUUUGCCCAAUGAGAUCCUGGGCCCGGUGGAGCAGUAUCUGGGAGUUCCUUAUGCCUCCCCUCCGACUGGGGAGAGGCGAUUCCAGCCCCCAGAACCUCCCUCCUCAUGGACUGGGGUUCGGAAUGCCACACAGUUUGCUGCCGUCUGCCCACAGUACCUGGAUGAGAGAUCAUUGCUCAAUGACAUGCUGCCGGUCUGGUUUACUGCCAAUUUGGAUACUGUUGUGACAUAUGUACAAGAUCAAAAUGAAGAUUGCCUGUAUUUGAAUAUCUAUGUGCCCACUGAGGAUGGAGCCAACACAAAGAAAAGCGCAGAUGAUAUAACCAAUAAUGAUCGCAGUGAAGAUGAAGACAUUCAUGAUCAGAACAACAAGAAACCCGUUAUGGUCUACAUCCACGGGGGAUCUUACAUGGAGGGUACUGGCAAUAUGAUUGAUGGGAGCAUUCUAGCAAGCUAUGGAAAUGUCAUCGUUGUAACCCUCAACUACAGGCUGGGGGUUUUAGGUUUUCUAAGUACUGGAGACCAAGCUGCAAAAGGCAAUUAUGGAUUGCUUGACCAAAUCCAAGCUUUACGAUGGAUUGAAGAAAAUAUUGGAUCCUUUGGAGGAGACCCAAAAAGAGUUACUAUUUUUGGAUCCGGAGCAGGAGCAUCCUGUGUUAGUUUGCUAACACUAUCUCACUAUUCAGAAGGUUUAUUCCAAAAGGCAAUCAUACAGAGUGGAACGGCCCUGUCCAGCUGGGCAGUGAACUACCAGCCUGCCAAAUACACUCGGAUAUUGGCAGAUAAAGUGGGCUGCGACAUGCUGGAUACCACCGACUUAGUUGAAUGCCUUCGUAAUAAGAACUACAAAGAACUCAUUCAGCAGACCAUCACUCCAGCCACGUACCACAUUGCCUUUGGGCCUGUGAUUGAUGGGGAUGUGAUUCCAGAUGACCCUCAGAUUCUAAUGGAGCAGGGAGAGUUCCUUAACUAUGACAUAAUGCUAGGUGUGAACCAAGGGGAAGGCUUAAAAUUUGUGGAUGGCAUUGUGGACAACGAAGAUGGCGUUUCCCCAAAUGACUUUGACUUUUCCGUCUCCAAUUUUGUGGACAAUCUGUAUGGCUAUCCAGAAGGGAAGGAUACACUCCGGGAGACCAUUAAAUUCAUGUACACUGACUGGGCAGAUAAGGAAAACCCUGAAACACGAAGGAAGACCCUGGUAGCUCUGUUUACUGACCACCAGUGGGUUGCCCCAGCUGUUGCUACAGCUGACCUGCAUGCCCAGUAUGGCUCUCCAACAUAUUUCUAUGCAUUUUAUCACCACUGCCAAAGUGAAAUGAAACCAAGCUGGGCUGAUUCAGCGCAUGGUGAUGAAGUUCCUUAUGUGUUUGGCAUUCCCAUGAUUGGUCCCACCGAAUUGUUCAACUGCAACUUCUCCAAAAAUGACGUCAUGCUCAGUGCAGUAGUUAUGACAUACUGGACAAAUUUCGCCAAAACUGGAGAUCCAAACCAGCCUGUUCCACAGGACACAAAGUUCAUCCAUACAAAACCCAACCGUUUUGAAGAAGUGGCCUGGUCUAAGUAUAACCCUAAAGACCAGCUCUAUCUGCACAUUGGCCUGAAACCCCGAGUUCGGGAUCACUAUCGAGCAACAAAAGUCGCCUUCUGGUUGGAACUUGUACCACACUUGCACAACUUAAAUGAAAUAUUUCAAUAUGUUUCCACAACAACUAAGGUGCCACCUCCUGAUAUGACCUCGUUUCCUUAUGUCACCAGACGUUCCCCUGGAAAGUUGUGGCCAGCGACAAAACGCCCAGCAAUGACACCAGCCAACAAUCCUAAACAUUCAAAGGACACCCACAAAACAGCCCCAGAGGAUACAACUGUCCUGAUAGAAAACAAGCGAGAUUACUCCACAGAGCUGAGUGUCACCAUCGCAGUGGGGGCAUCCUUGUUAUUCCUCAACAUUUUAGCUUUUGCUGCAUUGUAUUACAAGAAAGACAAGCGACGUCACGAGACACACAGGCGCCCCAGCCCCCAGAGGAACACAACCAAUGAUAUAGCGCACAUACAAAAUGAAGAGAUUAUGUCAUUGCAGAUGAAACAGCUAGAGCAUGACCACGAGUGUGAAUCGCUGCAGGCACACGACACUCUGAGACUAACCUGCCCACCUGACUACACCCUUACUUUGAGGAGGUCCCCAGAUGACAUUCCGCUAAUGACACCCAACACCAUAACCAUGAUUCCAAAUACAUUAACAGGAAUGCAACCUUUGCAUACUUUCAACACCUUCAGUGGAGGACAAAACAGUACUAAUUUACCCCAUGGACAUUCCACCACUAGGGUAUAGCUCUGCCAUUUCCCCCUCUUACCCCACAAGCCACUUGGAAGAAAAAGAAGUAGAGGAAAGAGCAUUCACCAUUGAACAACUUGUUAAAAAACAACAACAAAAAGUAAACACGAAGGGCAGUCCUUAUUUUCUUACUGAUCCUUCCCAUAGAAACUCUCUGAUAUUAAAGAUCAGCUUCAAACCCUGUGAAAUGUGAAACAUGUAUAUUGCUGUUAUGAUACUGCUUUAAGAUCUCAGCCGCUUUGAUUGAAAGUUGAUGCCAGAAGAAAUCACUUGAAAAGAUGUUUUGAGAGUAACAAACAGAAGCAGAAUCUUCUGGAACACAGAGCCAGUGACUGUACAGUUUUUUUUAAUAUAUGAAAUUAAAAAAAAAACAAAAAAAACCACACCAGUUCUUUAUCUGCCAUACCAUGAAUGGCCCUUCUUAAAACAAAGACAUCACCGUGGGCUUUUAUCCAGCAUAAGAAGCUGUAACCAUAAGGGGGAAAUAGGAUUUUAUUAUUAAAAAUAAGAGGACUAUGCAGUAAAAUACGUAUAGUUCUGUGCAAAGAGAUGACUUGCCAGCCUGAACUAUAUUUAAAGAAACUUUGUAAAAAGUGUACAUAGCUGUGAGUUUAAAAAAAUAAGCUUUUAUUGACGUUUUCAGUUUGAAAAGAACUUUUAGAAAUUGUGCUUUCAGUUGUGACCUAUGUGUAUAUACGUUAGUCAUAUCACCUCUGUUUCCUCCAGACCAAAAGGAGGAUUUUCUUCUUAAUUACUAGUGGUGAACAAAGACAUGAGGUUUUUCUAACAUGUUUCAUUUAUAGGAGGACAUGGUGUCAUACACAGAAUACAGUUGUCUGUGUGACCUGCGUAUUUUCCCUUACAGGUUACAGACGUGCAUGUUAAAGCAUUCUUAGGAGACAGUUGGUUUUUAGAUUUUUUUUCUUUUCUUUUCCUUUUAUUUUUGUGUUAGCCUUCAUUAAAUUGCAACACAGAGAUGGAUCAGAAAAUGGAAAUCACGAUUAUUGUUUUAAGCUUGUUGAAUUGAGCAAAGAAACAACAAUACAAUGAGUCCAGUUUUGUAGUUCUUGGUUAUUUUAAUACAUUAGGAAGACUUGCUUCACAAUCUAGUACCCUGACAAACGCAAAGAAAACCUGCCUCUUGGUCAGUCUUUUGUGAGGAAAUCUAACUCUAUAUUCACCAGCAGCUGCAGAAGAGCUUUUGCUGAGGAAGCACCCACUCAGCUUUGCCAAACAGAGGAAAAAUGAAAUUUGACAGAGGAAAGGGGGUGGGGUGGUUUGUUUGGUUUUUUAAAAGUGGAAAGGUCAUGACUGAUCAGUAUGAAAAGAGCUUUUUCACCCAGUAUCCCGUUAUUGUGAUCAAGAGUGCACCUGUCUGAAAACUCUAUUUUUGCUGGUUAAUUAUAUAGCAGUAACAAAACCAAUCAAUAUUGUUGAGAGCUAAAAAGAGAGGUAGCUAAAAGUGCUCUGUGUGAAUUUAUAUGAAAAUUCUGGACAGCUUCAUUGUCAGUAAAAGGUUAAAUUAUUAUUCUCCCCUGCCCUCCCUUAACUGGGGAACUAAGGGCAAAACAGAUCCAUCACACAAGGGGCUCAGCAGUUUCAUUUAAACAGCCGAUUCAAGUGUGAAAAGCUAGACAUGAGUUAUUAACUGAUGAAGGUUGUUUAUAUUUUGUCUUUAGAAAGUGACUGCAUCAUCAAGAGAUAGUAACCAAAGAUAUUUGAACAAAGUUGCUCUGCACUUGAACAUGACUAUCCCAGAUGUAUUUUGUAUUUUUAUUUCAGUACCAAUCUGGGCACGGCACCAUCAUAUUGUCUGUCCCAUACAGAACCUAACACAAGAUGCCUUCUACCUUUGUGAUAAAACACUUUGGAAUAGCCAGCCCAUGAAAUGAUAUUGUAGACAAUUAUAU